AUGAAGUUCGCCGCUCUUUCCACCCUUCUAGGGCUCGCCAGCCUCGCAUCAGCCCGCACAGAUCUCGAAGGCUGCGUCUCCUCCACGGUUGUAAUCGGCUAUGGCGCCAGCCUCCUCUGGUACGUCCCAGACAGCGGUGAAAUCUGCUCUUUCCUCGACUGUGGCGGUGGUCGCGCGCCCCCCAAGACCAACGUCCCGGGCUGUGGUGGGUACCACGGCACUGCAACCGUCACCCCGGACUACAUCGAGGGCUGGGGCCCGAACGGCAAACAGGCCGCCUCUACGACCACCGUUCUGUCGACUUCGGCCACGGCUGAGGCCUCGCCUACCGUUGACGCGUCGAUUACCACCCAGGCGUCUGAGACGUCUACCGCGUCUUCGUCUGCUUCUGUUUCGUCUUCUUCCGCCUCCAGCCCGGAAAACACUUCGACGGCCUCUGAUUCGACUGCCGCUGGGUCGAUGACUAUCACUACCUCCCCCAGCUUGGCUACUGCCGCUACUUCCACUGCUGCGACUAGCAGCCCUACUUUCAACGCUGCUAAUGGUCUUGCUGCGAAGGGUGCUGGUGUCAUGGCUAUUGUGGCUGCUAUGGUCGGUGCUAUUGGCUUGUAG